AUGGAGAACUUUUCAGAAUCCCCUAGUCAGUCUAGUGGAGAAUCUUCACCAGUUUCCGAUUCCGCUAAAGAUCUUAAGCAUGUCAUUGACACAGCCGCACCUUUUGAAUCUGUCAAAGAUGCCGUCUCCAAAUUCGGGGGGAUAGUGGAUUGGAAAACCCGUAGAACCCAAAGUCUGGAGAGAAGCAAGAUGGUAGGACAUGAAUUUGGAAAAACGAACACGACUGAGGAAUUGGAAAACACGAAGAAACUCAUAGAAGAACUCAGACUCAAUUUAGAAAGUGUAGAAAGAGAUGAGGUUCAGGUUAAAGAAGAAGCCGAACUUGUGAUUCGCAAAGUCGAGGAGCUGGAGCAAGACAUUGCAGAUGAAGCCAGUUUUGAAGCCAAGGCACAGCUUGAGGUUGAACAAUCAAUGGGAAGUUCCGCGGCUUCGGAAUUGGAGUUUUUGAAAAAAGAAUUGGACUCUUUAAGGAGAGAGUAUGAUUCUAUGGUGAAUGGAAGGGAUGUAGCUAUCAACAAUGCGGAAGAGGCUGUUGCGGCAUCUAAAGAGAUUGAAAAAGCAGUUGAAGAUUUAAAUGCUGAGUUAAUUGCAACAAAGGAGUCAUUGAAGUUGACUCGAACGGCGCAUUUGGAAGCCGAGGAACAAACAUCAGGCGUCGUUGACGAAGAAACUCACAACUGUAAGCUUGAACUCGAACAAUCAGAACAAGAACUAGAGACACUAAACCAACAAGUUUUAUCAGCAAGAGUUCUCAAAUCAAAAUUGGAAGCUUCUUCCUCUUUGUUGCUCGAAUUGAAAGCCGAGUUAGCAGCGUACAUGGAAUCAAAACUAGAAGAUGAAACCGAUGUUUUAAGAAAGAAGGAACUCGAGGAAGUGAAGAUGAACAUAGAAAAAGCAACAGCUGAGGUCAACAGCUUGAAAGAAGCUUCGACAUUGCUUCAAUCAGAACUAGAAGAAGAGAAGUUGAUUCUCAACAACUUAAAGGAAAGUGAAGAAAAAGCUUCUGCUAAAGUCACUGAUCUUCAAGUUGAGCUUGAGAAAUCAAAAUCAGCAAUAGCUUUUCUUCAAAUGAAAGAAAAUGAAGCAAGAGAGGUUAUGGCCGAGUUGCCUAAGAAACUUCAAGCAGCAGUACAAGAAGCCGAUGAAGCCAAAUCAUUAUCUCAAGCUGCUCAAGCUGAACUACUUCAAGCACAAGAAGAAGCUGAAAAAGCCAAAGCAAGUUUAGCAACAUUGCAAAACAGAUUACAUGCUACAAAAAUGGAGAUAGGAGCUUCGAAAGUUUCCGAAAAAUUGGCUAAAGAUUCAAUCAAAGCAUUGGAGAGAAGUGAAUCAACUAGAGGAGGAAGCAACAAAAAAGAAGUUGAUACUUCAUCUCUUGUGACACUCACAUUAGAUGAAUACCAUGAACUGAGCAAGAGAACUCAAAAAGCCGAGGAACAAGCUAAUCUAAGAAUCGCAGCUGCAAAUUCACAGAUUGAGAUGGCAAAGGAAUCUGAAUUAAGAAGCUUGGAGAAACUAGAAGAACUGAAUGAAGAGCUGUGUGUAAGAAGAGAAUCAUUGAAAAUUGCAACCGAGAAUGCUGAGAAAGCGGCAGAAGGAAAAUCAGCUGUAGAACACGAGUUGAGAUCGUGGAGAGCUGAUCAAGAACAACAAAGGAAGGAUAGCGAGGUUAAUACUACUUCUCCUGCUGCUGCAACUGUGAAUGUAAAUGAUUCACCACACACCUCAAAGGGAAAAGCUCCUUUAGAACAUAAUACCGAUAAUGAUAAUAAUAACAAUGAAACUGGAUCAUCUUCGGAUGCGAAGAACAAAAAGAAGAAGAAGAAAUCAUUGUUUCCUUCAAAGGUUAUUAUGUUCUUUGCUAAAAGGAAAACACAUCCAAGCAAGUGA